GCUCGGCUUAAAACAAAAGAAACAGAAGUCGAGGGGUUUCCUGGCCGCCGCCAGCGAGAGCCUAUGAGCUGUCAGGGGCCCCGGGUUUAAAAAGCAGGGGCUGGAGGUUUGAGGAGACACUCCUUCCCAGCGUCGAGGUGUGCUCUGAGCUCUCGGGAUGUGUUUGUUAUACGGCCGGGCCCCCGGCGUGCUGCUGCUCCUGGCCCUCGUCCUCCCAGGCACCAGUCCGGAGCCCGCGGGUAAGAUCGCCGCAUCUCUAAAAUUAGCUCAGCUGAGUGGGAGCAGGAGCCGGCGCACUGGGAGCAUCUGGCCAGACGCUCGCUGCAGGACGCCCUCACGCUGCCCCUGAGAGCGCAUCGCGCCAAAAACAUCGUCCUCUUCCUCGGAGACGGGAUGGGAGUGUCCACGGUGUCAGCCGCCCGUAUCCUGAGAGGUCAGAUGGAAGGGCGGACGGGGGAGGAGACGCUCUUGGCCAUGGACACGUUUCCAUAUGUCGCCCUGUCAAAGACGUACAGUGUUGACAGGCAGGUGGCGGACAGUGCUAGCACGGCUACGGCGUACCACUGCGGUGUGAAAGCUAACGCCAAGACGGUGGGUUUGAGCGCUAAAGCGGUGGCCUAUGUCUGCAACACCACGUUUGGCAACGAGGUUUUCUCAGUCUUACACCGCGCCAAAGCACAAGGAAAGUCGGUUGGCAUCGUGACCACCACCAGAGUGCAGCAUGCGUCGCCCGCUGCGGCGUACGCCCACUCGGUGAGCCGCAGCUGGUACAGCGACGCAGACGUGCCUUCCGAAGCUCGCCGGCAGGGCUGCACCGAUAUCGCCACGCAGCUGGUGACCAACACGGAUAUUGAUGUAAUACUUGGCGGUGGUCGCAUGUACAUGACACCCAAGGGUACUCCUGAUCCAGAAUACCCCUCUUCAUCUUCUCACAAAGGGGAUCGCAAAGAUAAAAAGAACCUCAUUGAUAUCUGGUUGAAUGCUCGGAAGGGAAAGAACGCCCAGUAUGUCUGGAACAAAGAGCAGCUAAAUGCAGUGAAUGUUAAAACAACAGACCGCCUGAUGGGUCUGUUCGAACCUAAGGACAUGAGAUUUGAGGUGUUCAGGAAUCGAACCCGUGACCCUUCUAUUGUGGACAUGACAGAGAAAGCCAUUGAAAUCCUCAGCAAGAAUCCCAAAGGGUUUUUUCUCUUUGUGGAAGAUGAGUGUUUAUCAUUUACUUUGGUGUUACAAUUUAGAAGUAGUCUGCUAAUAGUGAAAACCAUCUGUCUUUGUGCUUUACGAGGUAGAAUAGACCAUGGACACCAUGAUGGGGUUGCCAAGCUUGCUCUGACCGAAACCAUCAUGUUUGACCGGGCGAUCCAGAGAGCAUCUGAGCUGACCAGUGAAUCAGACACUCUCACUGUUGUCACUGCAGAUCAUUCCCAUGUGUUCACCUUUGGUGGAAACACCCCCCGAGGGAACCCUAUUUUCGGUCUGGCACCCAAGAAGGCUGAGGAUAACCUUCCAUACACUAGUAUCUUGUAUGCUAACGGCCCAGGAUAUGCACAUGUGAACGGAACAAGAGGAAAUGUUUCCGAAAUGGAUUAUUUCGAUGAAGAGUACAUGCAACAAGCGGCUGUUCCUUUAGAAUCAGAGACCCACGGAGGGGAAGAUGUGACUAUCUAUGCAAAAGGCCCGAUGGCUCAUCUCUUUCACGGAGUCAAAGAACAGAACUAUGUGGCCCACGCGAUGGCUUACGCGGCGUGUCUGGAGCCGUACACUAACUGUCCACUGAACCUUCAUGGCUCUGGAAGCCGUAAAAUAACUCUUUCAAUGUCUCUCGUCUCAAUAACCGGCGUGUUUUGGCUUGUCGUGAGAUGACAGACUCUACUGUGAGUGAUUGAGGCCCCAGGACUCUAGGGAUUUUUGGAGAUUUAUAACCUAAAUAGUUUAUAUUGCGAUUUGGUGCUCUGCAGAACUGCAGGGAUGUGUAUAUAAAUGUAAAGCUUUUUUUUCAUAGAUGUAUUUUAUAAUCAGAUAUUUUUGUAUAUAUUGCGCGAUGGAAGACUCUUUUACACUGUGACUAUGAAUUUCAAACAUGUGAGACCAAUAAACUUUCUAACAAAAAACA